GGUUCGUAAUGUGCGUUGUGCACUAUGUCUCUAUGGAGCUCUUGUUGGUCCUGGUGUUUCCUCUCAUUCGUCCUGUCAACACAGGGCAAUCCUCAUCAGCUCCAGAUUUCUCUGAUUACCUCCACAGGAUCCUGAAGAACCACACUGCCCAUGCCUGUGAUGGAGAGACACUGUCCAUCAGAUGCCCUUCUAGAACAUCUGUGGCUGUCCUCUCAGCGUUUUAUGGACGCCGUGUCCCGAGUCCAUAUCUAUGCCCACACGCAAACCCAAACAUAACAGAGGAAAACACUGACUGUAUAUCAACCACAGCCAUUCAGAAAGUGAUGUCUGAGUGCCAGGAUCGAUGGGAGUGUCAGAUUCCUGUGGUGAGUCCUGUGUUUGGUCAAGAUCCCUGCCCUGAAACCAGCAAAUACAUCAUUGUCUCCUACAAGUGCAAGCCCGAGCAUCAUCGCUCGAGAACAGUGUGUGAGAAUGAGCGGCUGAAGCUGGCCUGUAAGAAUGACACGGUUCUGGCCAUCUAUUCAGCCACGUUUGGCCACUUGGAGCAUGACAGUCUUGAGUGCCCUCAAGAGGCUAAAACAAAAACGGACAUAGAGUGCUUGUCUCCGUCAGCCUUGAGGAGGGUGUCAAGGAAGUGUCAUGGCAGGACGAACUGCUCCGUGUUGGCUGAUGCUCAGGGUUUUGGAGACCCCUGUUUUCCUGGCACCAGAAAGCAUUUGCGAGUUUCCUUCACCUGCGUACCACGGUAUCUACUGGAAGAUGUUGGACGUGGAAACACAGAUCCUUUCUUGCUCUCUGACUAUACGCACGGAGGGUGGUAUACUGGCCCCGGUGUGUCCAGACCACAAAACAUUUUCACCAACUCUCUGGAAAUCUUUUUCCAGAUCCAGGGUCUUCCGGAGACAGUGGCUUUAUACUUUGUCUCAGGUAUAUGUGCUGGUCUGUUCUUCUUGCUGUGUUUGUUCGGUCUCAAAUCCACCCUGAUUCGAGAUCUGAAAGACUUGGCGUCUGAGCUAGGAGAUGAGCUAAAGUCCUCCCACAGGUCACAGAGAGGACGAAUAGAUGAUUUUGAUGAUGAUGACGCAUCCUUGCGUUCUUCUUUUCGCCACCUUGCGCGCCCGUAUCGCACGCCAGACAUGUUCAACCAAGAGAUGAUAAUGACAGUGGUGAUGGAGGAGAGAAGGGAUGAGGACAAACCUGAGAUGCCAAAUGGAGACAUCUGGCCACAUAUCAACUCCAGCCCUUAUGCCAUGCACAAAAUCAAAACCUCCUCUGCCUGAUCUUGAUGUUCUCGGCAAAUCUGAUUGAUGAAUGUUUUCUUUAAUAAAACAAACACUAAUUAUACUAUUUAACAUUAAUGAUAAGAUUAUAUUGUCUGGAUCUUAAAUGCAUAACAAGAAUGACAUCUGUGGCAUCCUUAUCAAGCCCACCUGGUUGUGUUUUAUGAAUAGACUGUAUUUAUGUAUACAUUGUCAUGUAUAAUUCGAACUGGUUUAAUAAAUGAGCGGAGGUGUGAUUUCUUU